AAAGAGGCCAACCAGGACGUCACUCGGAACUGCAGUCUGCAGGCCCGGGCGGAGUCGUUCUUUAUCUACCGAGCCAGGAGCCCCCCGAUGGUCAAUGCCAGCUAUGGGCCAUUUUCAGUCGAGAAGACGGUCCCCCGGGAGCUCAUGCUGACCUCUGCACCCUUUGGCAACAUGGGCCAGUUUCCCUUCAACUGGAAGUUGAAAGCCCACAUCCUCGGCAGCUCCAUCUACUCCAACAGACCCAAAGUGCAGACCUUGUUCUACAUCACCGGGAUGGGCUGGACCGACGGCGACCCUGCGGAACAGCUGCCCUGCGUCAAGAUGUUUGCUUUCCCGGAGGCCAGGGAAGUGGCGGCCAGCUGUCGGCUGCAAGGGACCCCUGGGCUGUGUGUGGCCGAGCUGGAGGUGCUGCCCGAGUGGUUCAGCUCUGGGCUGGACCUGGAGCCCGAGGAGGAGAUCCCGGCCCUGCUGGGCGGCACGGCCAUGGAGCUCUUCUUCACGCUGUACCCGGCCGACCCGGCCGGCCAGUGUUCCCUGGAGGAGGACAGCAAGUGGGAGAACAACAUCCACUCGGGCCAGGACGGCCCCCCGCCAGCGCCUCCAGCCCGGGAGAGGAUCGGGAGCGUCGUGGUCUACCCGACCCAAGACGAUCUGAAGUGGUCCCUGCUGAGCCUGGAUGAGAACGUCGUCAUCUCCGUACCUCUGAACCUGGUCCGGGAAGGGGACACCGCCACCUUUCUGGUCUCUCUGGCCGCUGGCUCCGUGGCUGACCACUUCACCCUUAGAACAAAUGGCUCCUUCUAUGAGAUCUUGCAAGUGGACUUUGGAAUUGACAACAGCAGCGGCCUGGCCGGCGCCCAGCAGAUCACCUGGCAGGUGGAGUACCCGGUGGAGGACGCCACGAGGGAGCUGGUUGUCGCUGAGAUCUUUGUCAGCCAGACCUCCUUUGUGGGCAUCGUCCCACUCGCAAUGGACACGGAGGUUCUGAACACGGCCAUUCUCACCGGAAAGGUGGUUUCGGUCCCCGUCAAGGUCGUGGCCGUUCAAGAGGACGGUUCGGUGGUGGACGUGUCGGAGGCUGUGGAAUGCAGGUCUGCGGACGAAGACGUCGUCAAGGUCUCCAACGGCUGCGAUUCGAUUUUUGCGAAUGGGAAGGAGAUGAAGAGCAAAGUGGACACGAUCGUGAACUUCACCCACCAGCACUUCACCUCCCAGUUAGAGAUCACCGUCUGGGCGCCCAGACUCCCCCUGCAGGUCGAGAUCUCGGAUACGGAGCUGAGCCAGAUCAAAGGGUGGAGGAUCCCAGUGGCUUCCAACCGAAGGCCCACCAGAGACAGCGAAGACGAGGAGGACGAGGAGAAGAAGGGGAGGGGUUGCUCGCUGCAGUACCAGCACGCCCUCGUGCGCGUCCUCACCCAGUUCGUGGCCGAGUCACCCGACUCGGGUCAGCUGAGCUAUAUGCUGGGCCCCGACUGGCAGUUUGACAUCACUGACCUUGUGAUGGAUUUCAUGAAGGUGGAAGAGCCGAGGAUUGCUCAGUUACAGGAUGGCAGGACCCUGGUGGGCCGGGAGCCGGGCAUCACCACCGUGCAGGUGCUGUCGCCUCUCUCUGACUCCAUCCUGGCUGAGAAGACGGUGACCGUCCUGGAUGACCGUGUCACCAUCGUGGACCUGGGCGUGCAGCUGGUGGCCGGCUUGUCUCUUUCCCUGCAGCCUCACAGGUCGGACAAAAGAGCCAUCAUCUCAACAGCAGCUGCCCAGGAUGUUCUUCAAGCCCCACAGCAAGAAGCAAUAGUCAGUUCUUGGAUUCUGUUCAGUGACGGUUCGGUGACACCUUUAGACAUUUACGAUCCCAAGGAUUUUUCAGUUACCGUCUCAUCAUUGGAUGAAAUGGUGGUGUCUGUCCAGGCAAACCUUCAGUCCAAAUGGCCGGUUGUAGUUGCAGAGGGGGAAGGGCAAGGGCCCUUGAUUAAACUGGAAAUGAUGAUCAGUGAGCCCUGUCAGAAGACCAAGAGGAAGAGCAUUCUUGCCGUGGGUAAAGGGAACAUCAAGGUCAAAUUUGAACCAAAUAUUGAUGAGCACCAAAGGGGCACCAACGACAUUGAGGGCAUAAAUCGGGAAUAUAAAGACCACCUCAGUAACACCAUAGAGCGUGAAGGAAACCAGGAGAGAGCAGUGCAGGAGUGGUUCCAACAUGGCGCCUCUGUCGGCCACGAGGAAAGUACCAACAAAAGCACAACCCCACAGUCUCCCAUGGAAGGAAAGGAUAAGAAGUUGCUCAAGAGUGGUGGUCCAGAUGCCUUUACAAGCUUCCCCACUCAUGGGAAGUUACCGGAACCCCAUAAUCCUAGUGACCUUACGGUGACCUCCAGGGGGUUGACCGACUUGGAGAUCGGCAUGUACGCCCUGCUCUGCGUCUUCUGCCUGGCCAUCUUGGUCUUCUUAAUUAACUGUGUGGCAUUCGCUUGGAAAUACAGACACAAAAGAUUCGCCGUGAGUGAGCAAGGCAACAUCCCCCAUUCCCACGACUGGGUCUGGCUGGGGAACGACGUGGAGCUUUUGGAGAACCCGGUGGACGUGACCCUCCCUUCGGAGGAGUGCACGACCAUGAUCGACAGGGGGCUGCAGCCCGAGGAGAGGAACUUCCUUCUGAACGGCGGUUCCCAGAAGACUUUCCCUAGUCAGCUGCUCAGACCUUCUGACUAUGUCUAUGAGAAAGACGUGAAAAACGAACCUCUGGGUUCGUCCGGCCCCAAGAGGAAGAGGGUCAAGUUUACGUCCUACACCACCAUCCUCCCGGAGGACGGCGGCCCGUACACCAACUCCAUCCUGUUUGACAGUGAUGACAGCAUCCAGUGGGUCUGCCCAGAUAUGGGGCUGGGGGCGUCCCAGGGCUUUAGAGACUACGUGGAGAGGCUGCAGGACCAGAUGUAAACUCCUUUCUCAUGUUUGUAUUCACCUUUAUGCCUUCUGCUUUUUGAAUGGUGGAGCCGUGCGUCUGAUCAGCAAUAGGGGAUGAGUUAACAAAGCUUCGUUUGUGGAGGUCUGGCGGGAUCCCUUUCGAAGCAGGCAUCAGAGAGAGCAAAGGCAGCUGCGUUCGAAGCUAGGCAAUGUCUCUAAAUAGGCCACAUGUAGGUCCUGGAGAAAUUCUAAGACCACGGUUUUAUCUGCUGCCUGAUACUAGCUCAGUUCAACUAUAAUAAACCUGACCCCACAGACACUGUUAAUCAUCUCGUGGCAAAACGGCCGUGUGGAAUUAGAAAAGACUUGGGUUUGAUUUUUCUACUCCUAGACCUUUUAAAGCACAGUGGACAUUUCUUGCCCUUGACCUGAGAUUGGACAUACGUGAAAGAUGCUGAAUGUAGCCGCCCAUAUUUGUUACGAGCACUGCUCAUUAUUUUUAUAUAUCUUUGCACCUGCACCUGGUUCCUUUGACCUCUGCAAUUCUCUUUGAAACAUGAAGACAAGCAAUUUCAUUCUAUUCUCUGAAAUCUGUUUGAUUUACAUAUGAAUUUUAGUCCCUGUGAUGUGCCACGUCCUGUUAUUUCCUGGGUGUCUGUGCAGGAUUUCAGGGUCUUUCCAGUUUUCCUCACUGCAUCCCUUAGGGGCAAUGUCUAAGAAGCUUAGCCUCAUGCCGUCUUUCUUUCUUUUUGCUGUUGAACUUUCUUGUAUCAGAUGGGGACGUGGGAUUUUACUUAAAAUAUUAAUAUACUGUAAGGGAGGGCCAUCUCCUUUACAGUUUUCUACAUGAAGCUUAAAAACUUUGGAGAAAAGUUGUGAACAGUGAACCUUUACUUUUAUCUUCUGCUUGCGGGAGUCAUGAGGACCUCUUUCCUGGGGUGCAUUUCUGAGGACAAAAAAACGUCCUCAAAAUAGUUGUAUUUAUACUAAUGCUUUGUGGUCAACACCAUUUGUUAUCCAAACUGAAAUCAAGAUCUAGAAAUGAUAUGCAGAGAGAGGAAAUUGCAUAGGAAAUAUCUUCAGAUUAAACUUUUCUUUUCCCAGAACAAAACUUCUUAAAAACAGUAAAUGAAAUGAUGUUUCAACUUAGCAAUAUGUAGAAAUCUACCCAUACAAUGAUUUCCACCCACUACCAAAAAAAACCCCAAAAAACCAAAAACCCCAAAACAUAUAUCUAUCCUCAGUCAUGACUCUGGCAGAGAUAAAACCUAUACAGGGUGUCCAUUAAUGGAGAACAGCAAUGGGUUUACCCCCCAAAUUCAUAAAAUAAAUGACUCUUCCAGAAGCUUGAGAAACAAUUGUGAUAAAAAACCAUAGCUAUUGGGAAAUCGAAGUGGCAAGAGAGAAAAAAAAAAUCAUGAUUCCCGCAUAAUUUUUAAAUAAACAGUGUUUUUCAAAGAACAGCAUGCCUGGUCUCAAGCAAAGCAAGAAUUUCAGAUUAGGAAACUAUGACAACAUUCUAUUAAGAUGUGCUAGCUGGAAAAACAGACACUGGAUGGGUAUGCCUCAUUCUGAGCUUUCUUGAGCCAUUUGCAUCUCUGAGAGGUAGAAUUUUAAAGGCCCAAACAGUCAAGGACCUGCAGGAGGUGUUGAAACAGUUUCUUGGCUCCUGAUGGCUGUUGACUGAGCUCUUCAAAAGGCUGUGGUUCCGUGGUUCUCUUCUAGGGUUCCGUGGACGGGAGUGUGACAACCAGCCUUCUCCAACCAUGACGUGGCAGACACAGAAUUCUCCUUGUGUCUCUUGCCCACAGGACUACAAUACGUUUGUAAACAGCACCUAAGUUACCAGUGAUACGCUGCCUGACCUCAGAGGCUGGUGUUUCAGUUGCUCUUGUGUUUAAAAUGGGGGUUAGGAGCUGAAGCUGGUGAGGUUCCCCAGAUCUUCCAGUUUGAUUGGGGAAUGAAGCCAGGAGACCCAGGCACCAGCUUCCAAAGGAGUUUGCAAAGAGAUGGCUGACACCUUGUAGGAAGAGCUCCUCUGGUGGCCACAGGAAGCUGCCUCUGCUUUUCAAAGGGCUUGGCAAGGAGGUAGCUCAAAACCAGCUGUGCAGGACUGGGGAGGGAUUCACGUACCAGCUGAAAUAUAGCUGUCCACGUGAGCCCUGCUCCUCCUGUCAGAUAUUUUCCAUCUUCUCUCCCUUUGGGUCUUGGACAUUCCAGAUGUAGUGGGGAUGUCAUUUCUGAAACUGAGGACCCUCAACUGAUACAGGAGGUGAGUCUCUCUCACACACACAGCAGGCUGCCUCACACUGGCGAAAUGAGACUUCCCGUGGGUAUAAUUCGGGAGGGGACAAAGGAAGUUACUCUUGUCACGGGGAGCCUUAUUAAGGAGCAUACAAAUUAGACCAUCUCCUAUGGUCCGAGUGCUUGACGUGACACAGAAAGCAAACUGGGGAGAAUUAGGAAGAGCCAGGCGUUGCUCUGCAGAGCCGGGAACUGACCGUGGUCCUGAAGACGCCUCCCGUGGGUAAGCUAACGUCACCCAGAGUGAUGCAGGCUGCAUAAACCACCUUUGCUGGUUUCUGUUGAGACUCAGUCAGUUCAAAAUAAAAAUCAAAUGGAAGGUUUCAGGGCAAAGGUCCCUUUUACCAUACCACACACACUCCCACAUAUGCACACGUACAUACGUAUUAUACCCACGUGUGUGUGUGAAUAGUGAAGAAUCAGAAAUUCAGUUUUUUUGUGGCAAUCAACACUGUCAGUUGUUCUCAGAUUUGGUGUGGACACUAUUCAGCUUAACAGAAUGUCACUGAAGUUCUUUCUGCUCUAAAUAUUCCCUGCUGACUAGAAACUAUGGGUUAUAUCGGCUUGUUUUCCAACUAGUCAAUUUAAAACAAAUAGGAACUAUACCUCCAAAAUAUUUCAGCUCAAAUGGGGGGGCAUGGGACUUCCCUGGUGGCACAGCGGUUAAGAAUCGGCCUGCCAGUGCAGGGGACAGGGGUUCGAUCCCUGGUCCAGGAAGAUCCCACAUGCCGCAGAGCAACUAAGCCCGUGCGCCACAACUACUGAGCCUGCAUUCUAGAGCCCACGAGCUACAACUACUGAGCCCGCGUGCCACAACUACUGAAACCCACGCGCCUAGAGCCCGUGCUCUGCAACAAGAGAAGCCACUGCAAUGAGAAGCCCGCGCACCGCAACGCAGAGCAGCCCCCUUUCGCCGGAGAAACUGGAGAAAGCCCACGCGCAGCAAUGAAGACCCAAUGCAGCCAAAAAAAUAAAUAAAAUAAAAUAAAUUAAUUAAAUAAAAUGGGGGGAAUGACGUAAAUUGCUAAGCCUUGAAAUAUGGUUCGCUGGGGGCCAUCCAUUUGCCUGGAUUUCCCAGGUUCUCACGGCUGAGAUAUCCAAAGGAUAGUUGUCAAUAACCUGAAAGAAACGAUGUCAAUAGAGUCCCUUCCUCUCCCAUUAGAAUGGGAUGUUCACACUCCCCUUGAGUCAGACACCAGCAGCCUCUAGAGGGGACAACAGGCCGCGAGCUCCGUCAGUCACACGCAGGGCAAUUCAGAUACCCCAUGAGGACCAGGUGACCGACACCCGUGGAGGAUGUGAGACCACUGUCUCCAGGGGCCAGACGGGCUGCUUUCCAGGCCAGCGUACAGCUAUCAAGGAGCGGCUGCCACACAAAAGUCCUGGAGUUUAAACCUACAGUGUUGCAUUUGAGAGAAAGAAAGAAGAAAAGACACUGGAAGUUUCCCCUGGAAACUUCCCCCAAAGAACACACUGGCUAGCAGACCUCAGAAUACUCUGUGUGAACCAAAAGGGAAUAAUUGACUUCCUGGCUGUCUUCUUUUGCACACUGGUCAGGCUGAGUUCCCAGACUAUAAUCAUCCUUAAACCGUAGGCAGAGAGUUUUUAUUUAUAAAAAUUAAUGCCGGGAAAAAAUGGAUUAAUUUUUGUCCCUUUGCUACAUCUGUAGAUGAAGUAUUUUGUACCUGGAUAAUUUUAAGUUUUAGGAAGUCUGCCGUUGUGUGUGUUGAUCAGCAUUCUUGUCUCACUCUUUUAGAAGGGCGUCUUCCCAAUGUUGAGAUGUUGGGACCACGGUAAAGUGUCUGAGAAGAUCAUUCAUUCCAACUCCACUGACCACAGAGGGUGGUUUCACCUGAAUCUUUCCUUCACCAUUGACACCAUUGUUUUUCUACUCUUGUCAACUCAAAAAUGGCCUCAAUUCUCCGUUCUAGUCUCUGUAAAUGACACGAUAGACUGUUUAUAAAGCCAGCGACCAUCUCCUCCCUCAAAGUUAUAUUACGUGUAAUGUAUUGCGUGUCACCUGUUGUGUAAAGGAACAGUAUGGGUGGUGGAAGAGUUAUGCUAAAAUAUGGAUAGCAGAUAUUUUUGUAUGUAAUAUAGGCAAUAUACUGAAACACUGAAAGGUGUGUUGGAAUAAAUACAUUUUAACAUAAAAGCAUGCAAAGCUAUAGCUUUUAACUGUACAGACAUCCCACUCAGAAAUAUCUAAAUUGAUUAUGGGAAAACAUCAGAACCUGACAUCGUGAAAUGCACUAAAUUAAAGAUGCAGCCUUUAGAGGGCGUGACUUCUGUUGGGAUCGUUGAUGGAAUCUGCCAGGACAUUUUGAUCUUACUCUUCCUUACUUCUGGAUUUUUUUCCUUUUUCUUUUUUUUUUUUUUCCUAGAAAUAUCUCAGAAAUAAAGUGACAUCAUUUUCCAGCAUAAAGGUAUAUACUAACCACAGGGUAAUUCAUCCUUUU